AUGAUGGCUAAUGAUGAUACGAAAGACGCCUUACUUGCAAGAGGAAAAGAACACGAAAACCAACAUCUUUUUUACCCAUCAGCAAUCUCCACAGACCAAAUAAGUUUAAAGCAAGUGUCAGUUAUUUUAGCUGCUUACCUUACCCUAGGAACCAUCUGUUUUUCCCUAAUUCAAGAUCAAAUCAGUGGCAAGAAAACCAACAAAAUCCUAGAUUCCAUCUAUUUCUGUGUCAUCACAAUGACAGCUGCAGGAUAUGGUGAUGUAGGACCAAAAACAAAUUUGGCAAAAUCUUUAGCUUGUAUCUUUGUGUUUACAGGAAUGGCUCUUGGUGGUUUUGCUCUUAGCAAAGCAGCAGAUUACAUAGUUGGAAAACAAGAAAUCUUGUUUGUAAAAGCGAUACACAUGCAUGAAACAUAUGGUCCAAAUGAGAUCCUUAAAGAAGCCGAAACAAAUAAAUUGAAGUACAAGUUUUUUACUAUUUUGACACUUAUUAUCUUCCUCAUGACUGUUGGAACUUUGUUUUUGUCACUUGUUGAACAAUUGAGCUACUUUGAAGCUUUCUAUUGUGUCUGUGCUACAAUCACGACAUUAGGAUAUGGAGAUAAGAGUUUUUCGACUCAAGGAGGACGUUUGUUUGCCGUUUUCUGGAUCUUGAUUACUACUAUCUUGAGAGAGGCCGAUCUUGAUGAUGAUAAAGUUGUCAGUGCUGCAGAAUAUAUUGUGUAUAAGUUGAGAGAGAUGGGGAAGGUGAGCAAUGAAGAUAUUGCGAUUGUGGUUGAAGGGUUUAAGAAUCUUGAUGUUGACCACUCAGGAACAUUGACUGUUGACGAUAUAAAAAUCAUCGAAUCACAAUCUUGA